AUGGCAUCAGCUGUGCUCGCUAGAUCAAAUGGUGCAAUCGAAUGGCUUGUCCAACUUGUGCUGCGCCAUGAGUUCGAUCGUCUGCUUCUCGACCGAGCACCCUAUCGUGGGCCGGCGGCUGCACUAGCGGAACGAGGUCGAAGAGAGGAUCAUUAUCGUGAAGCUCAGCAGAUUCAAACCAUUGCCGAGUUCAAGACCCGAAGCCGUGAAAGGCUCCGUCAUAUUCGAGGCGUGUGGUGGGACCUUGAGGACAAGGGAGGCGAUGAGCGACAAGUAAAGAGAUUUAAAGCAGAAGACAAUGAACUGUGUCGUAGGCAGACUGCAGCCAUCGAGGACGAGAAGGUCAUCCGGAAACGAGCAAUAGAGGUGGAUAGGAAAGCGCUCCGGGCUCAGCAGACUGCUGCAAUUGCACUUGAAGGUCUUUUCGUGGAGCACCAGCUUCUUGAUCGUCCCGCAAGGACUUUGCCGCGCACUGGAUGGGAUGUCCCCUUUGAGAAGGCCUAUGACAUCGAACAGUUUCACAUCCUCGCAGCGGAAGAAAUCAUGGAUCAAGAUUCGGGGUCAGAGCCGAAUGCUCAAACUCGUGAUGAAGACGUCGCAGUACCAAAGGAGCAAGAGAUUGUUGAGCCCGAUCCGGAACUUGUUGCCAGAAGGGCAGUCAUGAAGAAUAUACAACUUGCCAAAUAUGCUCUCAACCGAGUUCGGGAAGACUUCGACAACCGCCGCCACCUCAUGUCUGCGGAAGAAGCCGAGGUCAUGGCAAUUCGCGGAGGGUAUGUCGAGGAUCUAGACCUCGAGGAGUUAUAUGGAGACCCCGACGCAAGGCAGCUUGACCACGAGCGAAAGAUGACCAGACGACUGAUUGACGCCGAGGAAGCGUUAUACGAGGCGAAAGCUCAAGCUCGUGAUCUUGGAAUAGACCCGAUGUCUGAAGUCAGGUAUGAGCCGUAUGAUGUGGCCGCCAUGUCUGAGAUAGUCGGAGAAGAAGUCGACAGAGCCAAGGAGGCACGUAGGCCGUCGAUAUAUGGAUGGACAACGCCCCCAGAUGAGGACGAUGUGAUCGCUUCCAAGGAGGCCGAAGAGCGCCAGAUAGCCGACCUUGAGCCCUAUCGAGCAGAUGACGCUGAUCUUGACAAGGUGGACCACCCUGCCGGACCACGGGAAAGCGCCAGUCAGGUCGCUGAGGUGGGAGACCAGAAGAGGUUGAUCGAUCGGUGGUUGUCCUAUACUGAGGCAUUGCGAAGUGCAGGUCAUGAGAAUGCGCCGUCUGUGCCGCUACCGAUGGGCAUCUAG